UGGGGAAGGCAAAAAAAAAGGGAAGGGGAGAAAAAGAGAGAGAAACUGACUUGGAGAUUUCGCAACUGCGCAGGGGGAAAGACUGUUACCAAGCUGGGGGGGGGGAUGUCUCUGCUCAAGGCGAGAGUGGCAUAAAAGCGCAGUUCUUCGACUCUCUACGCAAGAUUCUCUAAUAUGACUGUGCUCGCUUCCGCCCGCUUCAAGGUUUGGGGUUUAAGGUAGCCGCGGAGGCGCAAGGAUUUGCUAUGUAUGCCCGACUCCUGGUGCUGUUUCUGUCGCUUCGCGGUCUCCUGGGACAAACUAUCCCGCACAGAGGUCCUCAUCCCUCCGUCCCGGAUGUAGAAGGGGACCUCCUCUUCCUGCUGGACAGCUCCGGCAGCGUCUCCUACUACGAAUUCUCCCGGGUCAAGGAGUUCAUCGCCGACCUCCUCCGACCCUUCACCUUUGGCCCCCAUGACGUCCAGACCAGCGUGGUCCAUAUCAGCACCGCCCCCACCCUGGAGUUCCCGUUCGACCGCUACCUGUCCAGCGGGGCGGUCCAGCACGCCAUCCGGGGCAUCCAGCAGGUGAUGGGGGACACCAACACAGGCAAAGCCCUCUCCUUCGCCAAGGAGAAGCUCUUCACGGGGGAGGCCGGCGCCCGGCCCGGCGUGCCCAAGGUCCUGGUGUGGGUCACCGACGGGUUCUCCACGGACGACGUCUCCCGGCCCAUGCAGCUCCUCAAGGACUUGGGGGUCACGGUGUUCAUCGUCAGCACGGGCCGCGGGAACUACCUGGAGCUGUCGGCCGCGGCCAGCCAGCCGCCGGAGAAGCACCUCCACUUUGUGGACGUGGACGACCUGCCGAUCAUUAUCAAGGAGCUGAGGGACUCCAUCGCAGACGUCAUCCAGGCGAAACGCUUGCGUGCCACGGAAAUCUCUUCGAGCAGCUUCCGUCUCGUCUGGCCCCAGCUUCUCACUCGGGGCACCGGCUACUAUGUGCUGGAGUAUGCCCCCACUGGAGAGCCCAGGCGGAAACUAACCAAACAGCUGACCGGCGACCAUACCACCAUCCUGGUGGUCGGCCUCGUGCCCCAAACCACCUACGAGGUCGCCCUCGUCCCCGAGUCCAAUGAGAGGUACAUCCCGCCUCAGACGACGAGAGUCACCACUUUGGAAGAGGUCAUCAGCCCAGCCCGGGUUCUCAUCUCGGAGUCCAAACCACACAGCGUCCGGGUCAGCUGGUUGCCCACCCCGGAAAGCGUGGCCUCCUAUCAAGUCCUGUAUGGGCCUCUGCCCGCCAACUCGGUCAAGCUGUUGGUGGUGGAUGGGAGUCAGAACAGCACCGUGCUGGAGAACCUGGCCGCCAACACGACCUACUUGGUGACCGUCUCUGCUAUUUAUAAGUCCGGGAAAGAGAGGGCUCUUUCGGCCAAAGCCUGCACUCAGGAAGAAAACUCCAAGGUGAAGCACCUCCGCUUCGAAGACCUGGGCCCCAGCACCCUGAAGGCCUCCUGGGACCCUGCCGAGGGCGACGUUCUCGGCUACCGGGUCAGGUGCCGGCGGCAGGCAGGCCCCUCCAACCUCCUCAGUGUCUCGCCGCAGAUCCACAGCGUCCUGUUGUCCAAUCUGACCGCGGGCAGCACCAACAAAGUGUGUGUCAAGCCGGUGUACAAGAACCUUCCCGGGAAGGGCUUGUGUCGGAUGGUGCGCAUGCAGCCGGCCUCGCAGGUGAGAAGCUAUCGACAUCGACCGAGAGCCUGAGCCCCCCCUGGAUUGAGACGCCCCUCUGCAGAGCAGAGGGAGAAUACAGGACGAGAAGGAAGAAGCCGGGGUCCCAUACCAGGAGGACAUUCGUCUCCCCCUGACCUCCUCCAUCCCCCCCAAAGCACUCUGGCUCCCUCUAGUGGCCACCCGUUCCCAAAACUUUGCUCGACGUCGAGGAAAACGGCUCGGCCUAGAGGAUGGAUUCCACCGGCCACGACCAGCUGUUUGGCUCCCAAUCUCUUCCUUGCGGGCGAAAGACUGGGGGGGGGGUUUUCCCGUUAUCUUAAAUGUACUCUUAUUUAUUUGUGUCUGUGUUUUUGUUUCAGCUGAGGAAAGGAGGACACGGAGUCACCCGGCUCUCACAGUCAGGCCCUUUUUAAGCUUCAAUUCCAAAUGUAAUUGCUACAAGACAGUGUCCACCCUGUUGCGUAACCCUGAGCCGGGUUGCGCUGUGGUUCGGCGGGAGGGGAAGUUCUCACAGGCACGAGGCGGAUGAAUAUGAAUCCUCGGGGACCAGGCCGGCUCAAAUUAAAAUAGCAGUUUGUUGUGUCUUUUUUCUUUAAAUGCAGCUUGAGAACUUAGUCUCUACCGGCCCUUCUUGGUAAUGUCUUGUAAACCGGAAGCCCUUUCCCUCCCGGACCUUCCUCAACUCUGCCAUGUAGUUUUGGAUCCAAUGUGGUAACGGUCGCUUUCCCCUCUGUUGUAACACAUCCUCCGGAAGACGGCGAAUUAAACAGGAGAAUAAAGAAUCCCUUGA